GGCGCCCAUUUUUCGGCAAUGGGCCGGAUCGACCCCACGCGUGCGCAUGCUCGAUGCGUCCAGGAGGGCGCCGGUGCCGGUGACUUCUCACGUGUGGUGUGAACCCAGAGCGCAUCAUGUUGUGAGGAGAUGGGGGCUGCUGUGUCUCGCGCAAUCAGGAAUUUCAACCUAGAGAACCGGGCGGAACGGGAAAUCAGCAAAAUGAAGCCCUCUCCCGCUCCCAGGCACCCCUCCACUAAGAGCCUGCUGCGAGAGCAGAUGAGCCACCAUCCAGAAAUUAAGGGAGAAGUUUCUAGAAAAGAUGACAAACUGCUGUCCUUCCUAAGAGAUGUGUAUGUUGAUUCCAAAGAUCCUGUGUCUUCUGUGAAGGUAACAGAUGCUGGAAAACGUCAAGAGCCAAAGGAGUUCAGAUUGGUAAAAGGCCAAGACUUUAACAUGAUGAGUAUUAAGAACAUUCCCAAAGGCAAAAUUUCCAUUGUAGAGGCAUUGACACUUCUCAAUAAUCAUAAACUUUAUCCAGAAACGUGGACUGCCGAGAAAAUAGCAGAAGAAUACUCUCUAGAACAGAAAGAUGUAAAAUCCCUUCUCAAAUAUUUUGUUACUUUUGAAGUCAAAAUCGUCCCUCCUGAAGACAAGAAAGCAAUACCAUCAAAAUGAAGAAAAUGUUGAAAUUACUUUUCCUAUAUGUAUUCCCCAAACCCAUGCCCUGUUUAGUUUCUCAUUUAGUUUUAAAUUACUGAGUGUUUAAAGCUCCCUCCUUGGGAGAGCAUACUAUUUAUUGAGCUCUGCUGAAUUUUCAGGAUUGCUGGUAGAAUGAAUUUUGUUUUCUUGUGAAGUUUAAUUCGGUUUAGGCAUAUGUUCGUGUGUAAUAUCAGCAGGACUAAUCACAUGUAUACAUUUAUUAUAAAUAAAAAAGUUAAUGUGUAAUUUUAGCACAUCAUAUCAUCAGCUUUUAAAUUGAUCAUAUGAUCUCUUGGGAAAUGUCCUGUAUCUCCCUCAUUUAACAUUCAAAGUUUUGCCAUCCAAUUUAGGUGAUUAAUUUAUUCUUCCUAUGGAAUUGUGAAAGUAAGAGUUUUCCUACCUUUUGUGACUAUAUUGUUAGGGUAAGGGAGACUUGACAGUGAGGUAGGAUAACAGUAUUUCCCAAAUGAAAGCAGACAGGAAAGUGGACACAAAAUCAAUAGAAAGUACAUUUUUAUUAUUAUAGGGAAUAACAGUGAGGACUUCUCUUGUUUUGAAUUGGUUUUAUGUAUGGAAUAACUUCUUAAAAUUAUAAAAAGGAAUUGAUAUUUAUGAAAUUUUAGCAGUCUCUGUUUUGACAAACGGGUAAAUCCAGAAGCUUUCAGAGAAGCAGGCAGUCGUGAGAGCUGUCUGGAAAAGUAACUUCUCUGGAUUUAAUAGAGAAAUAACAAGAAAAUUGUGAAGAAUGGUUAAAUCAAAGAACCAUGGUAAAUGAAAUUUGGUGAUGAAUUAUAUGUAUGUUUUCUCAUUUAAAUGCUGGUUGAAGGAAGAGAGAAAAAAUUGCAAGAAGCGUGAAAUGUGAUUAUUGGAAGGGACCUGGGAAAUUGCUGCUUCGUCAAUUGAACUAACUUAUGAGUACAGUGUGUAUUGGCACUAGGGUCUUGAGUGAGGUUAUGUAAGUUUAGCUCUGUCAUAUUACCACCCGUGGGAUCUUGGGUAGAUUGUGUAGCCUCUUGGAGACUGAAUUUUCUCUAAAAAAUGAACAAAAUGCUGCCUUAUUUAACUCUAAUGAUUACCGUGAACA